AUGGCUCGCACGACCGGCGGCAAGAAGAAGUCCACGCCCAGCUCGACCAAGUGGAAGAGCUCGUCGUCUCCCUCGUCGAACGGCAAGAAGUCGAGAGGUGGCAAGUCAGGCGGGAAGGAGACGUACCAGCAGUUCGUCUCGCGCGUCACCGCAGAGCUCAAGGAAGAAUUUCCAGACUGGACGGGCACCCAGCGCCGCGAAGAAGUAAAGAAGAGUAACGAGAUGCGACGGACGGUUGAGCGCCCUGAAAAGUGUAUAGCCCAUAACCCGCUUCGAUACCUCCCCUUCCUGUACCUCAUGCCCUUCCCUUCCUCUCUUCGACUCUUCGCCCGACUCUCGCGCAUGCAACUCGCUUCUUCGCCUGCCUCGAGGCUCUCGUGA